CACAUGCAAUUUGUUGCACAUGCAUGUACUUUAGUGAGACUGGUUUACUUUGUUCUCAUUCUCUUCGAGUAUAUCAUUUGCAUUGUGUGCGUAAUAUUCCACAAGAGUAUAUAAUGAAACGAUGGAAAAAGGCUGCCAUGUGUAGUCAUGGUAUUGAAGAACCUACUUUGAGGACAAAUGUUGUGGCUACUAGUGUUUGGAGGUCACAAACAAUCAGAAAGUUUGUUAAGUUGAUAACAAGUUGUCAGAAUUCUUUGAAUGCAAGGGCAGAGGUUGAGUGUUAUUUCAAUCUGUUAAAAGAAAAGGUUGAGAGUGUAUCAGGUGUAAUUGACUUUAGUGAACCUGUUAAAGAGGUUGAAAUUGUUGAUCUUGAGAUCAAGAAUCCUCCAAAAGCUAGGCCUAAAGGUGAGAGGAAUGUAAGGCCUAAGAGUACCUUGGAGAAACAGUGUAACAAGGCAAAGGGUAAUUUCAAGAGGAAAAAGUCUCUGUACACUCCUUACAAAAGGGGUAUAGGGCAAGCAGUUGUACAGGAACUUGAUGAGAACGGUUGUGCUGUUACUUAUGCUAAUUCUAUUAGUGAUCCCAUUGAAUUGAUUGUUUUGAGCAAUAAACGGGCUCAGGUCGGCUUAAAAUCAGCUGUUGUAGAAGAAAUUCCUUCUAUUUCUAAGGAAUCAAAUCAUAGUAUUUCCAAUGAUUUUGAUCAGGUAUGUUUGUUUGUUAUUGAUUAUAAAUUUAUUUUAUUUAAUUUUUUAUUUUUUUGUAGGCUACUUGUGAAAGCUUUCUUUCAUCUAUCAUAUCUAUUGAUGUUGAUAUUUCAUCUAUUGCUAAGGUUUUUUUUCCAUAUUUGUUUGUAUAAGUGUUUGUAACUGAUCAUAUACUGGUUUAUUAAUGAUCAAUUUAAUUUUUUUAAAGGCGAAGGAUUUAAAUCUUGAAGGUGUUUCUGCUGUUCAACCUCGUUCUAAUGUUGGUGCAAAUAAAGGUGCUUCUGGUGUUAAAACUUUCUCUCAAAUUAAUCCAAGAGUUCCAAUUCAUAUUAGUGCGUCAAAAAAAUCUCCUGUUGUUAUUCAACCUACUGUUCCCAGGAAUGUUCAAAAUCAAACUCAGAAUUGUUCAAACACCAAUCCAGAAAUGAUCAUAUCCAACUCCAGGAAUGUUCAAUCAACAAAUGUUCAAGUUAUUUCUCCUACGGUUCAAAUAAAUGAUCAAGGAUUUCGUGUUCAGAAUGUUCAAGUUACUCCUCCCACAGUUCAAAGAAAUGAUCAAGGUGCUCGUGUUCCAAUUCUUCAAUCAAGAAAUGUUCAAUUAGGUUCUAAAAAGAUUUCUUCUAAGUAUGAUAGGUUGUUAGCCUUUUUUGAUACAAGUGUAGCUAAACGUUUGGCUAAUAAAGAUAAAUAAUUAGUAUUCCAGAACUUUAUAAA